ACAUGAGAGGGCGGGAUGCUAGAGCUUUAUAUUCCAGGUAACUCACACAGUACCUGCAGAAUUUACAGAGGAGAUACAAUCGUACACAGCAUGCAGGUUCGUGUUGGAGUGGAAAUGUUGGCGGUGUUGGUGGUGGUGUUACUGGCUCCCAGUCUGACUGAGGGGCUGGUCCUGAACAAAUGUGAUCUGCAGCAACGACUGAACCUGACCCUGAAUGCAACCGUGCCGGACCGCAUCAGCGAGGUGGCCAAGAUUGUGUGCCAUGCAGAGUUGACUUCUGGCCUCAACACCAGCGCAGUCAACCAAAUCCCUGCUCCAUCUUUGCCACCCCCUGUGUCUAACUCUUCUCCAAGUGCUGGUGGUCGCCCUGAUGCUGGUGGUCAUCCUGGUGAUGGUGGUCGUCCUGGUGCCAGUGGCCGUCCUGGUGCUGGUGGCCGUCCUGGUGAUGGUGGUCGUCCUGGUGCUGGUGGCCGUCCUGGUGAUGGUGGCCGUAAGCCCAGGCAUGCACAAGGACCCUUCAAACCAUCUUUGGCACCCCCUGUGUCUAAAUCUGCUCCUGGCGCUAGUGGUUCUCCUGGUGCUGGUGGUCGUCCUGGUGAUGGUGGUCGUCCUGGUGCUGGUGGCCGCCCUGGUGAGGGUGGCCGCAAGCCCAGGCAUGCACAAGGAUCCUUCAAGCCAUCUUUGGCACCCCCUGUGUCUAACUCUUCUCCUGGUGCUGGUGGUCGUCCUGGUGAUCGUCCUGUUGCUGGUGGUUCUCCUGGUGCUGGUGGCCGCAAGCCCAGGCAUGCACAAGGACCCCUCAAGCCUUUUCGCCCUCGUCCACACCAUGAUGACUCUCAAGAAGAUGACUCAGUAGGCAACCACACUGACAUCUCUCGUCCUGGUUCAUCUAUGGCUCCCUCUAUGUCCAACUCCACUCCUGGUGCUGGCGUUACUCCUGGUGCCGGUGUUACUCCUGGUGCUGGUGGUCGUCCGGGUGCUGGUGGUCAUUCUGGUGAAGGUGGUCAUCCUGGUGCUGGUGGUCGUCCUGGUGCUGGUGGCCGUAAGCCCAGGCAUGCACAAGGACCCCUCAAACCUUUUCACCCUCGUCCACACCAUGAUGACUCUCAAGAAGAUGACUCCAUAGGCAACCACACUGACAUCUCUCGUCCUGAUUCAUCUUUGGCCCCCUCUGUGUCCAACUCCACUCCUGGUGCUGGUGUUACCCCUGGUGCUGGUGGUCGUCCUGGUGAUGGUGGUCGUCCUGGUGCUGGUGGUCGUCCUGGUGCUGGUGGCCGCAAGCCCAGGCAUGCACAAGGAUCCUUCAAGCCAUCUUUGGCACCCCCUGUGUCUAACUCUUCUCCUGGUGCUGGUGGUCAUCCUGGUGAUCGUCCUGUUGCUGGUGGUUCUCCUGGUGCUGGUGGCCGCAAGCCCAGGCAUGCACAAGGACCCCUCAAGCCUUUUCACCCUCGUCCACACCAUGAUGACUCUCAAGAAGAUGACUCCGUAGGCAACCACACUGACAUCUCUCGUCCUGGUUCAUCUAUGGCCCCCUCUAUGUCCAACUCCACUCCUGGUGCUGGCGUUACUCCUGGUGCCGGUGUUACUCCUGGUGCUGGUGGUCGUCCUGGUGCUGGUGGUCGUCCUGGUGAUGGUGGUCAUCCUGGUGCUGGUGGUCGGCCUGGUGAUGGUGGUCGGCCUGGUGCCGGUGGUCGCAAGCCAAGGUCCCUCAAGGAAAGAGAAAGAUCCCCCAAGCCUUUUCCCUCUUUCCAGCCUCCUGCAUCUAAUUCUUCUCUACCAGGUCCCAGUUCCAACAAUUCCAAAGUGAACCAAGAACAACAUGACCAUGACCAUGACCGCAAUCAUGAACAUGGUGAUCGCAAGCCCAGGUCAAACAAGCCCAGAGGUGAAACAAGCCACGAAGAACUCGAGCAGCACAGUGAUGGGGUGUGGACGCUCUACGGGUUGUUCCAGUUGGCAGACCGCGUCGCUUGCGUGUCAGGCAGCAAGCCUUCACUCAAUCUUUGCGGACUGAGCUGCGAUAGGCUGAUUGAUGACGACAUCACUGAUGACAUUGCCUGUGUCGGGACCAUCAUUAACAAUGUGAUGGCAAAUGGCAAUGUUCGUACAGAGGCUAAUAAGCUCAUCAAGAAGAUGUAUGAUCUGAUCCAGCAGAGGGAAUGUGCCAACGUCCAGUUCCUCCCUGGUUGUUAGUCAUGAUCACAACGUGACAGAUACAUUCUGAUCAUCAUAGUCAAAACAUGACAGAUUCAUUCUGAAAAUCAGCUUCCUUCUGAAAUUCUAUCUAGGCCAAAUCUAUGUUCCUUAGAACUCCUUCCAACUUCUUAUAACAUUAAAACCUGUCGCAAUGCAAGUUAAACUGGUCAAAGUCUUGUUUACAUAAGGCCAGCAAGGUCUGGCUGAUUGAAAUGAUCUAGUAGGUCCCUGGCAAGUCAAUGUUGUUACUGUGUCUCUGAUGUUGCACAAAGAAGUUUAAAAUAAGUGUCAGUCAAGAAGAUGGUUUUAUUUUCUAUUCCUAAACUAACUGUAAUGCUGAUUUUGUUUUUCCACUUUAAAAUAAAUAUAUACAUUAUUUAUGUUUCA